GCAGACGUGGACGAAUGCCUGACCGAUGAAAACAACUGCACCAAAAACGCAUCAACCUGCAACAACACGUUGGGAUCUUUCGAAUGUUUGUGCAGACCUGGGUACCAAAGAAUCUCAACAUUUGUGUGUGCCCAAGUCACACAACCACUGCCAUCAUCAAAUGGUAUUUGUAGUGUUUAUAGAUAA